UUUUAAGUUAGAUGAGAUCACUGGAAUAAAUAGAUAUAGAUAAAUAGAUAAAGAUACAAACAAUGCACAUCUUCAUAAAAAAUUGCCAUGAAGAGCUAGGAAUCUAAAAGCUGAUUGCACUCAACUUCCACAACAUACCAUCAAUAUUUGGUGACACUUAUUUCCAUGGAAAACAAACAUUUAUAAAGUUAAUCUGAGCCAUUUGGGAAUGUGUAUAACUGGAGACCAUUGGAGACAUUUGUCACACGAAUCAGCUGAGAGAGCACUCUAAAUAUAACGCUGAGUAAUAAAAACUAUCACUUGAACUAGAUUACAACAAGCUAAUUGGCUGUUGAGAACUACGCAAUUCAAUUACAGAGAAUGAGAUUAACAUUUUGGAACAAAGACUAAAUGAAGACAUCUCAGUAUCCACAUCUGGACAAGAAAUGCUAAAACAAUCGAUAGACAAGGACACAAUACUAGAGACCACCAAGCACAUAAGAUAACAAACAUCUAUACUGACUUUAAAUGUGUGAAAAAUAUUCUGCUUUGGUACAAUCACUUUCGAAACAUUUUACAAAAGCGAAAGAAAGUCACGAGAUGGCAAUGAACAGAAUCAGCAAAGCCUUGAAGGCUUCUAAGUCUUCCCUAAUGGAGUCUAAACACUCUCUGACAAUGGAAAUAGAGAUAGACGCACCAUUGAAGGAUUUCUCAAAAGCAGAUGAGUUUUCAGAUGCUGUGUUAAUAGUCGAGGGACAAGAUUUACAUGUACAUAGAGUUUAUCUCGCAGAAUGGUCACCUGUCUUUAAACAGAUGUUCUUAAAAACUACCCCCAAGAAGAAGAAAUAUCGCCUCGCUCUCACUGACAAAAACUUGGAGCAGAUUAGGGAGUUACUACAUUGCAUAUAUUCUUCACAGAAGCCUGUCACAGAUGAAAAUGUAUACUACCUUCUCCAGCUUGCUGAGGAGUAUCAAAUAAUAAAAGUGACAGAACGAUGUGAGUUAUUCCUAAUCUCCCAGGAUCCCUCAGUAGAGUCACUCGUUCUCGCUCAGCGUUAUAACCUCAGCAAUCUACGUCAACAUGCAAUCAAUCUCCUUAAACACAGAGUCGUCGGCCAACUAGAGAACCUCCCCGGGUACCCAAUGUUGACCCCCGAAACCCUGGCUCAUCUAUAUAAAGCCAGAGCCGAACACUUGGAAGAUACUCUGAGAAAGAUCUACAACUACUGUACAGAUGGUGCUGAGAAAUGCCAGAUACAUAGAGAAUUCAAUUAUUUCCCAAAUGGUUGCCAUGGCUGUGUGCAACUAGCCGUGAAUAAGGUCGCUGAUGAGUGUACAAAUUGCAUAAAAGAUGUGAUCAAUCCAUCUAUGAUUAUCUACAAAGGAACAAACUUCAAAAUGCCAAGAUCUCCAAGUAUGGAAUCGAACUCUUGAAAUUAUCACCAAAAUUCAAGGUUUAUCUUUGUAAUUUCAAAUAGACUAUAAGUAAUCAUAUUCUAUAUGCAGUACAAACAUCCAUAUCAAAAGGAAAAUAUGGAAAAGGCCAUUCCUUACAAUCAAAUCAAAUGAAUUGUUUUGUAUAACGAAUGAAAGGAAUGAAUUUUUGAAUCCUAAUUAUUCAAAUGUGUGGUUUGUGCAAUGGUUUAUUAAAUCAGACAAAAAUUAAGAAUGACAAUGUCAAAC